UCCGAGUAUAUAAGAAUCAUGGAUGGCAAAGAAACAUGUAGAUCGUGGAACGAUAUUGAUUCCAAUGAGGAAAUCGUUAUUUCUGGUAUUGCUGGUAGAUUUCCUUAUUCAGAUAAUAUGAAUCAUUUACGAGAAAAUUUAUUCAAUAAAAUAGACCUUGUAAGAGCGGAUCAUAACCGAUGGGAAAGAGAUUAUGCGGAAUUUUCACGCCGUAUGGGAACAGUUAAUAAUAUAGAAAAAUUCGAUGCGGAUUUUUUUGGAUUAUCUUUUGAGCAAGCACACACACUUGUACCUGAUGCGAGAUUGUUAUUGGAACAUUCUUAUGAAGCAAUUAUCGAUGCGGGGAUCAAUCCAAAGCAAUUACAAGGGAAAAAUACUGCCGUAAUAAUAGGGUCAUCUUAUAUUGAAACACAAAGAAGGUUCAUUUUUAAAGACUCUCAGAUAAGCGGUCAAAACGUUUUUGGAUACCAUAAAUCUGCAACGGCAAAUAUGAUUUCGUAUUACUUCGAUCUAAAAGGACCAUCUUAUACUCUCGAUACAGCAUGCAGUUCUAGCCUUCAUGCUCUAGCCGUUGGUUAUGAAUGUAUCAUGUCAGGCAAAUGCGAAGACGCAAUAAUUGGAACAGCACAAUUAUGUCUUUAUUCCGUAACAAAUCUGCACUUCGCUCGACUUGGUAUUGUGUCACCCAACGGUUAUUGCAGACCAUUUGAUAUCGCUGCUAACGGUUAUUCGCGUAGCGAAACAAUUGCAGUAGUAUACCUUCAAAAAGCGAAAAAUGCUAAGAGGAUUUAUGCCAUAUGUCCCCAUGUAAAAUUAAACAGCGAUGGUUACAAAGAAGAAGGAAUAACAUAUCCUUCAUCUCGAAUGCAACAUAUCUUACUAAAGGAAUUUUAUGAGGAGUGCAAAAUACCAACAUCUUGUUUGGAUUACGUCGAAGCACAUGGUACCGCUACCGUAGCUGGCGAUCCUCCAGAAAUUAAUGCUAUCUAUAAUGUUUUGUGUAAAAAUAGAGAAACUCCAUUAAUGAUCGGCUCCGUGAAAUCUAAUCUCGGGCAUUCUGAACCUGCGAGUGGUUUUAAUCAGAUUGCUAAGGUAAUAAUAGCAUUCGAAACUGGUUUUGUUCCACCAAAUAUCAAUUAUACAACGCCAAGGAAAGAUAUAGAUGCUUUGAUAAAUAACAGUGUUUGUGUAGUACAAAAACCAUUGCCACUGAAAAACGGUUAUAUAGGUAUUAAUUCUUUCGGUUUUGGAGGAUCUAUUGCUCACACGUUAUUAAAGUGGAAUAAUAAACUAAAAAUAAAUAAUGGAGCACCAAACGAUGACUUACCUAGGCUUGUCAUAUUAUCUGGACGCACUGAAGAAUCAGUGAAAUUGUUUUUAAAUGACAUUGCUAACCAUCCAAUAGAUGCAGAAUAUGUUCGCUUAUUACACGAUAUCCAUGCAGACAAUAUAAACGGUCAUCCAUGGAGAGGGUACACUAUAUUGCAGAAUACCUUACAAGAUCCCAUAAAGGAAAUUCGAAAUUGUGAGGGCGUGAAAAGACCUGUUUGGUUUGUAUUUUCAGCCUUAGGUUCGCAAUGGCCAGGAAUGGGUCGAAACUUAUUAAAGUUUCAUGUCUUUGCUAAAGCGAUAAGAAAGUGCGAUGAUAUUUUAAAGCCGUAUGGUAUAAGUGUCAUAGACAUUAUGACAAAAAUAGAAGAAAGCAUAUGCGAAAACAGGUUGAACGUUUUUCUCGGAAUCGUCGCUAUUCAGAUUGGCUUAGUAGAUCUCCUAACAUCCUUAGGAAUUACUCCCGAUUACAUAAUUAGUCAUUCUGCUGGUGAACUUGGUUGUGCAUACGCAGAUAAAUGUCUCACUAUUGAACAAACUAUUUUAUCAGCAUACUUUAUCGGUUUGGCAUGUGCCGAAGAAAAAAUAAUUCAUAGCUCGAUGGCGGUUGUUAAUAUCAAUCAUGAGUAUGUUAGAAAUAUAUGUCCAGCGGACAUUGAAAUAGUGUGCUACAAUAGCGAGAAUAGCAACGUCGUAUGUGGACCAAAAGAAUCCAUAAAAGAAUUUAUGAAAAAAUUACAGGUCAACAAUAUUUAUGUGAAGAAGAUCAACUGCAACAUACCGUUUCACAGUUCUUACGUUGCAUUCGUCGAAAGUCAGCUUUUACUUAGUUUAAAUAAAAUAAUACCAUGCCCAAAAAAACGGAGUUCAAAGUGGAUCAGCACUUCUAUACCUCGCACCAAAUGGUUUACUUCAACAUCAAAGUUAUCAUCGGCAGACUAUCACACUAGAAGUAUAUUAAACACAGUCCUUUUUUCACAAACGAAAAUUCCAAGUAACGCUGUGAUCAUCGAAAUCGCACUAGACGAUGUUCUACAUUACGUUUUGACAGGCUCUUUACCUCUAAACGUGACAAACUUAGUAUUAACACGACGAACCGAAAAAAAUAUUAAUAUAAUUCUACAAGGACUUGGAAAUCUGUACAAUUGCGGUUUACAGCCACAAGUUGCCAAUUUAUACCCAUCAGUAGAAUUUCCAGUUAGUCGAGGAACUCCUAUGAUUUCUCCAUCAAUCAGUGUAGAUACGUUCUUCAAGACCGUACGACCACUGCAGCAGAUAUUGCUAGAUGAUUUGUUAAUCGAAGACAGUAUCCUCGACAUCCUAUAUCUGCAACAACAGUUAGAAAUCGUUUAA